AACCCCUCUUCUAUUAAUCCUUAAAACCUAGCCCCCCGCUCCUUUCUUUCAGCUCAUCCGCCGAAGAAAUGACAGGAGAAGCAGUUAAUCCCAAAGCAUACCCAUUGGCUGAUGCCCAGCUUUCAAUUACAAUCUUGGAUCUUGUUCAACAAGCUGCUAAUUACAAACAACUCAAAAAAGGUGCCAACGAAGCUACAAAGACCCUGAACAGGGGUAUAUCUGAGUUCGUAGUGAUGGCAGCUGAUGCUGAGCCCCUUGAAAUUAUCCUCCAUCUUCCUCUGCUUGCUGAAGAUAAGAAUGUACCCUACGUUUUCGUUCCCUCAAAGCAAGCUCUUGGGCGAGCAUGUGGAGUCACAAGAUCUGUCAUUGCAUGUUCAGUUACCUCUAACGAAGGAAGUCAAUUAAGAUCCCAAAUACAGCAGCUUAAGGAUGCCAUUGAGAAGCUCUUGAUCUAAGAAAAAUGGAAAUUCGGCGUGAUGGGCCUUGCUGGAUCGUGGUAAUCUUUUGUUCCGUUAGAGGCUUUGACUGAGAGUGGAGGUGCUCUGCCUUUCUUUUCUGUUAUUUUUUACAAUACCAAUGUUGCUUUCUUAUAAUCUUUGUGAUGCAUUAUUGCAGUUUGAGAACUACUUCUUUCAGUGAGUUGGAUUCAUUUUUGUGCUUACAUUUUUAUUUAUAACAUAGUGCUCAAUGGCUGAUAGAAUCCUUCAGGCAUUUUUUUCUUG